AUGGCGGCGGCGGGGGGCGCGGCUAGCCGCAGGGGUCCCGGGCGGCCCUGCGCCUUCUCCAUCGACCACAUCCUCUCCAGCCUGCCAGAGCGGAGCGCGCGGCUGCCGUGGCCGCUGAGGCUGGGGCCCGCGGCUCCCUUGUCCUUGGCCGCACCGGCUGCAGGCUCGGGGGCGCUGCCCGGCGCGGUCGGCCCGGGCCCGCAGCGGCGCACGCGGCGCCACCGUACCAUCUUCAGCGAGGAGCAGCUGCAGGCGCUCGAGGCGCUCUUCGUGCAGAACCAGUACCCCGACGUGGGCACACGCGAGCGCCUGGCCGGUCGCAUCCGCCUGCGCGAGGAGCGCGUGGAGGUCUGGUUCAAGAACCGCCGGGCCAAGUGGCGACACCAGAAGCGCGCGUCAGCGUCUGCGAGGCUCCUGCCUGGAACGAAGAAGCCCCCCAAGGGCAGCUGUUGA